AUGGGAAUUUCUGGAGGUCAACCUUUUCUGAAGUUUGAUGGAGAUGAAGACAAAAAUGUAGCACAAACCUUUAUUACCCAACAACAGUUAGAAAAUGUCCAUCCACAACUUGCAAAGUCAACACAGAACUCACAAGAAAAUGGCAAAAAGGAAUUUACAACAAAAAGUGAUGAAAAGGAGACAACAUUUGUGGCUGUGGCUAAAGCUGGCAUAGUUGAAAUUGUGAAUGAACUUCAAAGUAAAGUACCAAGUGCCCUACAUGGCACUACCACUGACAAAGAAAGCUUAGUGGUUGUAGCAAUGGAGAACAUUAAAUACAAAUCAGCAGAACAUAUUGACAAACAUGAGACAGCAUUUUUGGCAGCAGCAAAAAAUGGCAUAGUUGAAAUUGUGUAUGCAAUUCAAUCUGCAAUACCAAGUGCGGUUCAUGAGACUAACUCCAACAAUGAAAAUGUGUUGCUUGUUGCAGUAAAGAAUAGGCAAACACAGGUUGUGGAGGUGUUGAGGAAGGUUUUGGACAAGGAACUCUUUGAUAGCCUAAUUUUAGAAGUGGAUAAUAGGGAGAACACUGUGUUACACUUGGCCGCAGGUACAACAAGCAACAUUGAAAAGUCUUGGCAAAUAGCUGGUUCUGCCAUGCAAAUGAUGUGGGACAUCAAGUGGUAUCAGUACAUCAAAGAACUAGUGCCAGAGCAUUUCAUUUUUAGGAACAACAAAGAUGAAAAAACUGGUGGAGAAAUCUUCAAACAAAAACACAAAGAUCUUGUGAAAGAGAGUUCUGAAUGGCUAAAGGAAACAUCAGAAUCAUGCUCAGUUGUUGCAGCUCUCAUUGCUGGAGUUUCCUUUGCAACAUCUAGCACUGUCCCUGGUGGCACUGAGAAAGGUAAACCUGCAUUGGAAGGACAACCAACAUUUGAUGUAUUUGCUAUUGCUUCUCUAAUUGGACUUUGCUUCUCAGUUACUGCACUAAUAAUGUUCCUUGCUAUACUCACUUCUCGAAAACAAGCUGAAGAUUUUCGCAAGAGUUUGCCACUGAAGCUUCUUUUUGGCUUAAGUUCUCUCUUUGUGUCCAUUGCUUCAAUGCUUGUUUCUUUUUGUGCUGCUCAUUUCUUUGUGCUCAAGGACAAAUACAAACACAUACUCUUCCCAGUUUAUGUUGCCACUUGCUUGCCUGUGACUCUCUAUGCAGUAGUGCAAUUUCCAUUGUAUGUUGAUCUUGUCAAAGCAAUUUUCAAGAAAGUGCCACAACCAAGUAUUAGUAGCAACCAUUUGUAG